UUCGCGCCGCCGGCCCACGCCGCAGUGUGUGUUGUGGACGGCACCUUCUCAGACAGCCCAGUAGAGCCCAGCUCGGCGCCCGGCAGCCUUCGACGCGAUGUUCCGCCGGAGCUUUAACCGUUUUUGUGCUGGAGAAGAGAAACGAGUUGGUACACGCACAGUAUUUGUUGGCAAUCAUCCAGUUUCAGAAACAGAAGCAUACAUUGCACAAAAAUUUUGUGAUAAUAGAAUAGUCUCAUCUAAGUAUACACUUUGGAAUUUCCUCCCAAAGAAUCUGUUUGAACAGUUUAGAAGAAUUGCAAAUUUUUAUUUUCUCAUCAUUUUCCUUGUACAGGUCACAGUAGACACACCAACUAGCCCAGUUACCAGUGGACUUCCACUUUUCUUUGUUAUAACUGUUACAGCCAUCAAACAGGGAUAUGAAGAUUGGCUCAGGCACAGAGCUGACAAUGAAGUCAACAAGAGCACUGUUUACAUUAUUGAAAAUGCAAAGCGAGUGAGAAAAGAGAGUGAAAAAAUCAAGGUCGGUGAUGUAGUAGAAGUACAGGCAGAUGAAACCUUUCCCUGUGAUCUUAUUCUUCUAUCAUCCUGCACAAUUGAUGGAACCUGUUACGUUACUACUGCAAGUCUUGAUGGGGAAUCCAAUUGCAAGACACAUUAUGCGGUACGUGACACCAUUGAACUGUGUACAGCCGAAUCCAUUGAUACCCUCAGAGCAGCAAUUGAAUGUGAACAGCCUCAACCUGACCUCUACAAGUUUGUUGGCCGAAUCAGUAUCUAUAGUAAUAGUCUUGAAGCUGUUGCCAGGUCUUUGGGACCUGAAAAUCUCUUGUUGAAAGGAGCUACACUAAAAAAUACCAAGAAGAUAUAUGGAGUUGCUGUUUACACUGGAAUGGAAACCAAAAUGGCAUUGAACUACCAAGGGAAAUCUCAGAAACGUUCUGCUGUUGAAAAAUCCAUUAAUGCCUUCCUGAUUGUGUAUUUAUUUAUCUUACUGACCAAAGCUGCAGUAUGCACUACUCUAAAGUAUGUUUGGCAAAGUACCCCAUAUAACGAUGAACCUUGGUAUAACCAAAAGACCCAGAAAGAGCGGGAGACUUUGAAGGUUUUGAAAAUGUUUACCGACUUCCUGUCAUUUAUGGUUCUGUUCAACUUUAUCAUUCCUGUCUCCAUGUAUGUCACAGUAGAAAUGCAAAAAUUCUUGGGCUCCUUCUUCAUUUCAUGGGAUAAGGACUUUUAUGAUGAAGAAAUCAAUGAAGGAGCCCUGGUUAACACAUCAGACCUUAAUGAAGAACUUGGUCAGGUGGAUUAUGUAUUUACUGAUAAGACUGGAACACUCACUGAAAAUAGCAUGGAAUUCAUUGAAUGCUGCAUAGAUGGGCAUAAGUAUAAAGGUGUAACUCAGGAGGCUGAUGGACACUCUCAAACUGAUGGACCCUUACCGUAUUUUGACAAAGCAGAUAAGAAUCGAGAAGAGCUCUUUCUGCGUGCCUUGUGUUUAUGUCAUACUGUAGAAAUUAAAACAAAUGAUGCUGUUGAUGGAGUUACAGAAUCAGCUGAAUUAACCUAUAUGUCCUCUUCACCAGAUGAAAUAGCUUUGGUCAAAGGAGCUAAAAGGUAUGGGUUCACGUUUGUAGGCAUGCGGAAUGGUCAUAUGAGAGUAGAGAACCAAAGAAAAGAAAUAGAAGAGUAUGAACUUCUUCACACCUUAAACUUCGAUUCUGUCCGCCGUCGUAUGAGUGUAGUUGUGAAGACUCCAUCAGGAGACAUACUUCUCUUUUGUAAAGGAGCCGACUCAGCAGUUUUCCCCAGGGUGCAAAAUCAUGAAAUUGAGUUAACUAAAGUCCAUGUGGAACGUAAUGCAAUGGAUGGGUAUCGGACACUUUGCGUAGCCUUCAAAGAAAUUGCUCCAGAUGAUUAUGAAAGAAUUAACAGACAGCUCAUAGAGGCAAAAAUGGCCUUACAAGACAGAGAAGAAAAAAUGGAAAAGGUUUUUGAUGAGAUUGAGACAAACAUGAAUUUAAUAGGAGCCACUGCAGUGGAAGACAAGCUACAAGAUCAAGCCGCUGAGACCAUUGAAGCCCUGCACGCAGCAGGUCUGAAAGUCUGGGUGCUUACUGGGGACAAGAUGGAGACAGCCAAAUCUACCUGCUAUGCCUGCCGCCUUUUCCAAACCAGCACCGAGCUCUUGGAACUGACCACCAAAACCAUCCAAGAAAGCGAACGGAAAGAAGAUCGAUUACAUGAGUUGUUGAUUGAAUAUCGUAAAAAGUUGCUGCAUGAAUUUCCUAAAAGUACUAGAAGCCUUAAAAAAGCAUGGACAGAACAUCAGGAAUAUGGAUUAAUCAUUGAUGGCUCCACGUUGUCUCUCAUAUUAAAUUCUAGUCAUGACUCUGGUUCUAACAAUUACAAAAACAUUUUCCUACAAAUCUGUAUGAAGUGCACUGCAGUGCUCUGCUGUCGGAUGGCACCGUUACAGAAAGCCCAGAUUGUGAGAAUGGUGAAGAAUUUAAAAGGCAGCCCAAUAACACUGUCGAUAGGUGAUGGUGCCAAUGAUGUUAGUAUGAUCUUGGAAUCCCAUGUGGGCAUAGGUAUCAAAGGCAAAGAAGGUCGCCAAGCAGCCAGGAAUAGUGAUUAUUCUGUCCCAAAGUUUAAACAUUUAAAGAAACUGCUGUUGGCUCACGGACACCUAUAUUAUGUGAGAAUAGCACACCUUGUACAGUAUUUCUUCUAUAAGAACCUUUGUUUCAUUUUGCCACAAUUUUUGUACCAGUUCUUCUGUGGAUUCUCACAACAGCCACUGUAUGAUGCCGCUUACCUUACAAUGUACAAUAUCUGCUUCACAUCCUUGCCCAUCCUGGCCUACAGUCUACUGGAACAGCACAUCAACAUUGACACUCUGACCUCAGAUCCCCGAUUAUAUAUGAAAAUUUCUGGAAAUGCCAUGCUACAGUUGGGCCCCUUCUUAUAUUGGACAUUUCUGGCUGCAUUUGAAGGAACAGUGUUCUUCUUUGGGACUUAUUUUCUUUUUCAGACUUCAUCCUUAGAAGAAAAUGCAAAGGUAUAUGGAAACUGGACUUUUGGAACCAUUGUUUUUACAGUCUUAGUAUUCACCGUAACUCUGAAGCUCGCCUUGGAUACUCGUUUCUGGACAUGGAUAAACCACUUUGUGAUUUGGGGUUCUUUAGCGUUUUAUGUAUUUUUCUCAUUCUUCUGGGGAGGAAUUAUAUGGCCUUUUCUCAAACAACAGAGAAUGUAUUUUGUAUUUGCUCAAAUGCUGUCUUCUGUAUCCACAUGGUUGGCCAUAGUUCUUCUAAUAUUUAUCAGCCUUUUCCCUGAGAUUCUCCUGAUAGUAUUAAAGAAUGUAAGAAGAAGAAGUGCCAGGAAUCCGAAUCUUGAACUGCCUAUGUUAUUGUCCUACAAGCAUAUUGACAGUGGUUACAGCUAAAAGAAAGCAUGAAGAAGCAACUACAAAAAGUUAUCAUCUCAGGAUACUUGAUAUGCAACAAACUAAACCACUGUCUUAUGUCUAAGGUUCAGAAUAAAUGUCCACUAAGAUACCAAAUGACUCUCUUAAGCAUUUACAGUUAUUGUAAGUAGCCGUUAUGGCCAAAGCUCUAAGUUAUGAAU